AUGCACAGACUCCAUAACGAUGUCUACCUCACCGCCGUCAGAAACAGGCUAGCACCAAAUCUAUACGGUGGCCUCCCAUCGUCACCCCUGGCCGAAAGCCUGUCGCCUGCGCGAUCUACACCCGAAGUGCGUCGCAGACCAAUUCCAUUCGGAAUUUCAGACUCGAAGAGCGUAGACGAGCUGUUGAAGCGCUUGGUCAAGGAGGGCAACGCGACAGAUUUCCCUAGUUUUCAAGCUCUUCAAGAACGCCGCAAGGCGCGUUUAAAAGCGAUCGAAGAGCUGCGACGACCCAAGAAGGAGAUUAUCACGCCUCUCAAUAGCGCGCAGCUAUCUAAAGUCCAUCAGUGUCUUUCGAGUGGAAACCUGGGCCAGACACUGAUCUCCGCUUUCAGAAUCGACAUCACGGUCCGAGACGUGAGGACCUUGGGCGACCGGCAAUGGCUGAACGACAACGUGAUUGACUUUUAUCUCGAGCUAGUCACGCAGCGCAGUCGUGACCACGCGUCGAAGAACGACGACUAUCCGCGCUCGUUUGUCUACACGACUCAUUUUUACUCAACGCUGCAGUCAAAGGGGUACCAAGGAGUUGCGCGAUGGGGUCGGCGUAAACAGCUGGACUUGGCGAGCGUGGAUUACAUUUUCAUUCCGAUUAAUAUUCAUAAUGCUCAUUGGUGCGCAAGUGUCAUAAAUAUCAAAGACAAGCGGUUUGAGUAUUAUGAUUCGAUGGCUGGAGGUCCAGGUGGAGCUUUCAAGUACCUUCGUGAAUACCUCAUCAACGAAAGCCGAACACAAAACGUGCCACUCAACGACGUUGACCAAUGGGAAGAUUACAUCCCCAACGACUCUCCCCUGCAAAGAAACGGCUACGACUGCGGAGUUUUUACAUGCAAGACCGUCGAGGUGUUAUCGCGGGCCGCGCCGCUGACGUUCACGCAAAAUGAGAUGAAACUUUUGCGUCAGCGAAUGGUUUUUGAGAUUUUGCAAGGGAAGCUGUUGAAUGCAUAG